AUGGUGAGGGAGGCUGAGCAGAUGACCAAUGAAGAUAAACGGGCCAAGGAGCGCGCCAGAGGCGAGGAACCGAUUCGAGAGGCUUUCCAAUGCAGAGUAGAUGCCGACAAAGACAGCGACGAACGACGAAGUAGAGAGAGGGAGACGCUGGGGGAUUUGGAUUUCGGAUUGAGAGUGGCUGAAUUGCAAGUGGGAGAUGAGGUAGAUUUCUUUUUCUGGGGCUUUCCAAGGCAGAUCCAGAUGCCAACAAAGACUGCGUCGACCGGCGAAGUAGAGAGAGGGGCGACGGUGGAGGGGUUUGGAUUUCAGAUUGAUUGUGGCCGAACAGAAGGUGGGAGAUGA